UGAUGACGCCAAAGGCAUGCGCGCGUAACCUUGUGCUGCAGGAGUGUUGUGAAAUUAGCUGUGGAAACAUUUUUGAUACCACAUUUUCAGUCAUGAGCAAAUAUAUUUUGCCAGUUUCUGUGUUUGGGACGGUGUUUGGAGGCGCUGUUUUACUGAAGAACCACGUGACUGGAGGUCGAUGUCCCAGUAAGGCUACCAUAACUGGGAAGACUGUGGUCAUAACCGGAGCCAACACAGGCAUCGGGAAGGAGACUGCACAAGAACUGGCCCAGAGAGGUGGCAAGACAAUGGGGUCGGAUCAUUAUGGGAUGUCGGGACAUGGAGAAGUGUGAGGCAGCUGCCAAGGAAAUACGAGGGAAGACCCGGAAUCACCACGUUUACGCACAUCACCUCGACCUGGCCUCCUUGAAAUCCAUUCGAGAGUUUGCAGAGAGAAUCAAACGAGAGGAGCAGCGUGUGGAUGUGCUGAUAAACAAUGCAGGGGUCAUGAGAUGUCCAGCAUGGAAGACAGAAGAUGGUUUUGAUAUGCAGUUUGGAGUCAACCACUUAGGCCACUUCUUGUUGACAAAUCUCCUGCUGGAUAAGUUGAAAGAGUCCGCCCCCAGCAGAGUGAUCAACCUGGCCUCACUCGCCCACAUCGUUGGAAAGAUUGACUUCGAGGACUUGAACUGGGAGAAGAAGAAGUUUGAUACUAAGCAGGCGUACUGUCAGAGCAAGCUUGCCAAUGUUCUGUUCACCAGAGAGCUCGCCAAGCGAUUACAAGGCACAGGAGUCGCAGUGAAUGCUGUGCACCCAGGCGUUGUUGCCACAGACCUGGGGAGGCACACAGGUCUGCACCAAUCACAGUUUUCGAGCUCUGUGCUCAGUCCCUUUUUCUCCAUGUUGGUGAAGAGCCCAGAGCUGGGGGCGCAGCCCAGCAUCUACCUGGCUGUGUCCGAGGAAAUGGAGGGGGUGACGGGAAGGUAUUAUGAUGUGAUGACAGAAAAGGAACCAGCGCCCCAGGCCCUGGAUGAGGAGACAGCUCGAAGGCUGUGGGAGAUCAGCAGCAGGCUGGUGGGUCUGGAGGAGGGUGGGGGACGGUCCGCCAAGUCAAGCCCACCAGCAGAAGGCCAGAGCAGAGCUGCACAGACAGACACAGUGCAGACACACUGACAGAGCCCAGGACCAGCUGUCAGUGCUGUGGGUCCGUAGGUCUCCUCUGGACCCUCAUCCCACAGAGGAUAAUGGACCUUUAGGGAGCUGAGCUGUGCCAGGCUUGUUGGAACAAAUAACUGCCUGAGUCUGAUAUUCUGGUUAUCUGUAUAACAGCAGUCUUUUGUACUUGCCUUUAUGUUCCUGCAUCAGGAACUUUUUCUUUAAAACAUGAAUUUCUAUACAGCAGCAUUUGCCAAUGAACUGUCAAAGUUGAAUUUGAUGCACUCUUUACCAAGAACAAAGCUGCACAGUCUCAGCUUAA